AUGGAUCAAAAACACAAAGAGUACAUCAAAACAUUACACGUAGGCCAUGUUCGACCAGAGGAAAUUCCGUGGCGUAGACUAGGGCAAUAUCUCUAUAGGGUACUAGAAGAUGGCUCGCAGACCCAGAUGCGCCUUUGUAUGAUUGAGAGUUUGAUUCCGCCUCGAAGUGAAGGACCGGUGUUUCACUUUCAUGAGAUGCAUGAUGAGGGAUUUAUUGUCACUAAAGGCAAGAUUCGCUUCCACACCCCCGACGCUCCGCCCAUUGAUGCCAAAGCAGGCGAUGUCAUCACUGUCCCAAUACGUCUCCCUGACAAAUUCAGCAAUCCCUUCGAUGAAGAAGGCGUCUUCAUCAAUACCAUCACUCCGGGCUUCUUUGUGCGAUACUUUGAGUAUUUAGAACAACUUAUAGGGGAGGGAACCAAGCUUACUCCAGAAGCAAACAUUGCAGCCCUGAAAAGAUUUGCGACUGUCCCGUUAGAUGAAGAAGCGAUAAUGAGGUUGAUUGAGGAGAGUAAGGCUAAUGGGACUGGCGAUGUUGAAAUCGAUAUUUAG